AGGGAGGUUAGUGGCAAACCAGUGAAAAUAAGUUGCUCUUCUCAGAAAGUUGUGGCUCACACUUUUUGCCUCGGGUCUAUUUUGGAGUUUGUUUAGAAUUAACAGGAAACUGCUUCGAAUAAAGACAUUUUGUGAAAUUCAAGGCCAGGAAAAAAUGUCAGAGUCUGGAGUCAAUCCACAUUUGGAGGGGAUUAUUUCUGAUUUUGAAGCCCUGAAGAGGUCUUUUGAGGUGGAAGAUGUUGAGACUUCUUCUCACUCUUCACCCGGCUCCCGUCGGACUACCAACUCGCCUCACCGAAACGCCAUGUCUCCAACCAGCAUCUAUUACCGUGACCUGGGCACUGCCAGCACUGCCACCAACAACAACAACCUUAACUACACCCAGCCACGCUCCAUCAUGGGAGGAGGCGGCUCCAAAACUCCUGAGCCUGUGUCGCGCCGAUCUGAGCUCUCCAUUGACAUCUCAUCCCCCAGCAAGCAGGUGGACAACGUCACCAGCCCCGCCUCCACACGCUUUGGGAGCAGCGGCGCCCUGAAACGCCCUGAAGUCCUUGGGCACUCCAAAACUGCAGAGACGAGCCACAAAAGGGAGGUAACGUUUGCCAAAACCCCAUCUGACUCCCCAGUGAUCCGUCGCAGUGAGGCCAACAACAACAACAACGGGAUCAACAGGACCCACGAGCAGAACCACUCUCGCAAACUGGAACCUCCCAGUCCAGCAGAUCUCCGCAAACCUGACAUUAGCAUCACCAGGGCUCCUCUAGAGAACAACGGUCACCACACAGCUGUCCACCAUCCACAUCACCCCAACCCUCACCACAACACCAUUGUCACCACCAUUCGCUGCUCCUCGCCCAACCAUGCUGGACGCAAGUCUCCCAACCCUGACAGGUCAGAGGUGAGCCUGAGCCACAGCAACAUGUCCGAGUCCGCCAAGCCUCACCCUCCCAGCUCUCAAGCCAAGGGGGAGAAGAGCCAUGCAGGUGAAUUUGGCUACGUGGGCAUCGAUGCCAUCCUGGAGCAGAUGAGGAGGAAGGCCAUGAAGCAAGGCUUUGAGCUAAACAUCAUGGUUGUGGGACAAAGCGGCCUGGGGAAGUCCACUCUGAUGAACACUCUCUUCAAAUCCAAAGUUAGCCGUAAGUCGGCGCAACCCAAUCCAGAAGAGAGGAUCCCCAAGACAAUCGAGAUCAAGUCCAUCAGUCACGACAUUGAGGAGAAAGGAGUGAGGAUGAAACUGACAGUCAUCGAUACUCCUGGGUUUGGGGAUCAUAUCAAUAAUGAGAACUGUUGGCAGCCUAUCAUGAAGUUCAUCAAUGACCAGUAUGAGGCCUACCUGCAGGAAGAAAUCAACAUCAACAGGAAGAAAAAGAUUCCAGACUCCAGGGUCCACUGCUGCAUAUACUUCAUUCCUCCCACUGGUCACUGUCUUAGGCCUUUGGAUGUGGAGUUCAUGCGCCGUCUCAGCAAAGUGGUUAACAUCGUCCCUGUGAUCGCCAAGGCCGAUACACUCACCCUUGAGGAGAGGGACUACUUCAAGCAGAAGAUCAGGGAAGAACUGCGAGCCAAUGAGAUUGACGUUUACCCUCAGAAAGAAUUUGAUGAGGAUGCAGAGGACAGGAUGAUCAAUGACAAAAUCCGGGAGAUGAUUCCUUUCGCUGUGGUGGGCAGUGACCAGGAAUAUCAGGUGAACGGGAAGCGAAUCCUGGGAAGGAAGACCAAAUGGGGCACCAUAGAAGUUGAAAACAUUGCACAUUGCGAGUUUGCUUACUUGCGGGAUCUCCUGAUCAGAACACAUAUGCAGAACAUCAAGGACAUCACCAGCAGCAUUCACUUUGAGACGUACCGCGUCCGCCGGCUAAACGAGUCAAACGGCCUUCCCCACCAUCACCUGCCAGACGACCUCUCCGCUGAUCCCAAAGCCAACGGUCAGCUGGAGGAGCAGCCCAGUGCCCCACAGACCAACGGAGCGGCUGCUCAGCACGAAGCCUUGUCCCAUGAGAUGUAAAAGAGUCUGAAAGCAGGACACAACCAGGCACAAAACACACACAUUCUGCUUACAUGCACACAUUACCUAAACAUUCAUGCUGUGAAAACCACAAACUCCAAACACACAAUAAUAAAUCUUGACAUUCUCCCUGCAUGGGCUCUCUUUAAUCUGUUCCUGCAUCUUUACUGUUCAGUCCUUGUUUCAAUCUGCAUUUGACCGUCCAGUUCAGUGAUUGUCUUUCUAACAAAAAUAAAACACAAAAGUGGUCAAAAAAGGAUCCUUAAAAAAGUUGGUUGACUGAAAUUUAGUAAGAUGUUGCUCUCCAGGUGAGGAGAUUUGCAGUGAAGUAUGACAUGGGACGGGUUGAACUGGGUAAAACGGUGCCGGCUGCCCGCUCUGCUUUGUGUUGUGAUGUAUAGUGUUGUAUAGUCACUAGAGUUAUGUAGGGAGAAUUAGAUUAACUGUGUAAUGGAGGUUUCUGUUGACAACUCCACAUUGAUAAAGAACAAUGCAACAGCUAUACGGAGCUAUCAGACGGCAUUUGUCCCGCUGAGUUACGUUGUUUUAAAACCCUUUUUGUCAAACCGCUCUGCAUCUUUUCAUGUAACGCCAGCUGUGUUGUGUAGUACAAACAUACGUUUUCUCUCUUGCUGAUGUAUUUUUAUUGCUAAUCUUAAUAUUAUAGUGUAUGUUGAAAGUGCAGCUGUUGUUCCAUGCAUUUGUUUUUAGACCUUUUUUCAUACCUUACACCAAAUCUUCCAAGUUUUCUUUUUUUUUUUGUCUCAUUGUUCUGAAUAGAAGCACAUGCAGUAUAUGGAGUUGAUUUGUGUAUUUAUGUUUGUUUGAUGCCAUCUGUUUACUUUCAUUCCAGCUGUUAGUUUCUCAAGAUUUGUGAUUUAAAAGAAAGAAAAAAAAAAGUGUAGGUUUAAAUAUUUUUGUAUUUCCCGCAGAACCUUAAACCUGUUUGAGAGACUGCACUAUAGCUAGCACGACUUCACUCUUCCUGCUUGGGAACACAACCGGUCCCAUCAACACGUGACAUUUACAGCACUAAAAAAAGCAAUAAAUGUGCAGCGUUAAUCCAAGGAUUUUUAAAUAAAAUAAAUGCAGAAAAUAUUUCAGCUGCAACUAAAAAGUCUGACACUUCUGCAAAGGUUUAUUCAAAAUUCAAAAAAGUUUUAGCAAAACCAAAAAAAUAAAUAAAUUGAAAGCAAAAACUGUUGUCUAAAAAAAAGUUAUUGGGUAACACUUUGUUUACUGUUGUAUAGUUCUUGUGUAAUUUGUCAUGCUACUAUAGAUUAAGGUUUUAUCUUUGAUAUAUUUCCAAAAUAAAGAUUGAUAUUUUUAUUGUUUGA